AUGCUUACAAGGCAAACCCAGUACCAGAAUGGUACCCACGAAGACGACGACUUCGAUGACGAAGGCAUCCUAGCCGCCUCAAUUGUCGAAGCAAUCCAGAAUGAUGAUGAAGACCCAUCACAAACCUUACAAACUCUACAAUCUCGGGAAGAUGACCUUCAGAGCAGAUUACAAGCCGCCGCAACCCCACUUGAAUACCAGGCCUCUCUCGAGGCACGAUACGCAUCAUACGACAAUUACUGCAGUCUGUUUCACUUCAUUCUAAACUCUAACGGCCCAGUAGAGCUUGACCUUCCCACAUACUAUUGGGCGUGGGACGUGAUUGACGAAUUUAUCUAUCAAUUCAACAAUUUUUGUGCCUAUCGAAAUCGGUUGGCCAAGAAAGGGCAGAGUCAAGAGGAAAUAGCAUCACUCCGGGAGAACCAACAAAUAUGGGGUUGCUAUAGUGUUCUAAAUAGAUCCCAAAUGAACGAGCAACUGGCGGCAAUCAAGCGAGGAGAGGACCCAAAUACUGUUGCAGGAGAGUAUGGCUCCCGCCCUCUCUACCGCAUGCUAGGCUAUUUUAGUAUUAUUGGGUUGCUAAGGGUCCACUGCUUAUUGGGUGACUUUACGCUGGCCCUUAAAACUCUCGACGAUAUCGAGCUCAAUAAGAAAGCUGUGUUCGCUAGGGUGAUGGGAGCCCACUUUACGACAUACUACUAUGUCGGAUUUUGCUAUAUGAUGAUGGGAAGAUACUCCGAUGCCAUCAAGGCCUUCUCUCAUAUUCUGCUCUACAUAACACGUACAAAAAACUUACACAAUAAGGGUGGCCAAUUUGAUUCAAUCUCGAAAACCAUGGACCAAAUGUAUGCUUUACUGGCUAUGUGUGUGGCACUCUGCCCUACUCGUCUCGAUGAUACUAUCCAUUCGACACUACGCGAAAAGUAUGCCGAUCAAUUCCAAAAGCUUCAACGUGGUGGAGAAGACAGCCUUGCGGUUUUUGAGGAACUUUUUCAAGCAUCCGCACCUAAAUUCAUAUCACCCAUACCCCCAGACUUCGAUAGCCCAGCAAACAACAUUGACCCCAUGCAGCAUCAUCUGCAAGUUUUCAUGUUUGACGUCAAAAAUAAUAUGAUGGCCCCAAUUCUCCGGAGUUACUUGAAGCUCUAUACUAGUAUGGAUCUUCAUAAACUUGCCUCUUUCCUAGAAAUCGACCCGGACGAUCUACGCAACAAACUCUUGAUUUUCAAACAAAAAUCUAGGCAGUAUAAAUGGACAGAGGGUGGGCUACUGAGUGGGGAGACCAUCAACACGUCUGAUCUCGACUAUGCUCUCCAAAAGGAUUUGAUACACAUUUCGGAAGCCAAGGUCGGGCGGAAGCUCGUGGAUUGGUAUCUGAGAAAUCUUACUCGAUCAUAUGCUUAA